AGUUAGCAGCGCGAGCGCGUUUUCUGACCGGUGUAAAGGUGAAUGCAACGUGCCCGCUCAGCCAUGGCUUCAGAGGAACCAAAAGCAAAGAAACAAAAACUUUCAGAGGAUGAGAAGACAGAGUCUCCAACCAAAAAGACCCCUGCCAAACUAAGCCCCAAUGCACUCUUUGGGAUGGGAAACCCUUUGCUGGACAUCUCUGCUGUCGUGGACAAAGACUUCUUGGACAAGUACACCCUGAAACCUAAUGACCAGAUCCUGGCAGAAGACAAACACAAAGCGCUAUUUGAGGAGCUCGUGAAGAAGUUCAAAGUUGAGUACCACGCUGGAGGAGCCACACAGAACUCUAUAAAGAUUGCUCAGUGGAUGAUUCAAGAACCGCAUAACGUGGGCACGUUCUUUGGCUGCAUUGGCAAAGACAAGUUUGGAGAGAUCCUGAAGCAGAAGGCUGAGGAGGCCCACAUCGACGCACACUACUAUGAACAAGAUGAGGAGCCCACAGGGUCGUGUGCUGCUUGUAUCACCGGAGAUAACAGGUCUCUGGUUGCUAACCUAGCUGCUGCUAACUGUUAUAAGAAGGACAAACAUCUAGACCUUGAAGAAAACUGGAAGCUUGUGGAAAAAGCUAACGUCUACUAUAUUGCUGGUUUCUUCCUGACUGUCUCUUUGGAGUCCAUCCUGAAAGUGGCGAAGCACGCGUCUGAAAAUAACAAGCUGUUUUGCCUGAACCUCUCUGCGCCCUUCAUCUGCCAGUUCUUCAAGGACAACCUCAUGCAGGUUAUGCCCUACGUUGACGUGCUGUUCGGCAAUGAGACAGAAGCAGCUGCAUUUGCUAAAGAGCAAGACUUUGAGACCAAGGACAUCAAGGAAAUUGCCAAGAAAGCCCAGGCUCUGCCCAAAGUCAAUAAAAAGAGACAGAGGAUUGUAGUGCUGACCCAGGGGAAGGAUGACACUGCCAUGGCCCUGAGUGACAAGGUCGAGACAUUUCCUGUGCUGAAGAUCGACCCCAAGGACAUUGUUGACACAAACGGUGCAGGUGAUGCCUUUGUAGGAGGGUUCCUGUCCGAGCUUGUCCAGGAGAAACCACUGGAUCAGUGCGUGAAGGCGGCACACUACGCCGCCAACGUCAUCAUCAGAAGAGCCGGUUGCACCUUCCCAGAAAAACCUGAUUUCAAGUGAUUUCAGCCCGCAGCCUCAUAACCACCCUGCCAUACACAACUCCGACCCAUAGUUCCUCUGUUUUCUACAAAAGCUACCCUCAGUUCUCUAAGACACAGUUUUAUUUUAAUCAGCCAUCCGUCCAAGUUAUUUUUUAAUUCAUGUGCACAUAAUUUCCUCCAAGUUGUUAACUGGGUGCCUCCUGACGUGUGCCUGCCUCUUAUCUCCACUUGGGGCCGCUAAAGGAUCAUGCAGCCUAGAUAUUUAAAAUAACCAGUAAUCAUGAUAACAGUGUGAUCAUUUUGCUUUACAAAAAGGAUCUAAAUGGAAAGUCCUGUUUUCAUGGACAGUUUUGGUUUUCUAAAUGUUUUUUUGGCUGUUACUCUGCCAACAUCUGGCGGCCCAUCAGAUUCUGGGAGAUCGAGCACUCGUGUUGACAUCCCACGAGUCUGUUACUCCUUCCCCUCGGAGACAGAAUCAAAGCACGUGAAGUCAGUUCUACAAUCGACGGACACAUGAUGCACAAACAGAGGACUAAUUAAUGAAAUAUUGGACAAUGGAGGUAUUGGAUCCUGCAUUGAAACAUGCAGGAGUGAUUUAUUUUAGAUUUUUUAAGAAUAAUUAUUCCUCAUUGUGAGUUCAUAUUUUUUAAUUUAACAGGCCAGUUAUGAAACCAAAUGUUUUUCUUUUAUGCACACACUUUUUAAACGUGUCAAAGCCUCUGCCCAGUAAGUCCUGUGAUCACUGUUAAAUGUCAGCUUUACCAUGCUAAUAAUAUUCAGAAGUCACCGUCAACAUCACCAUUGUGGAAGUGUGUUUCUCCUCGCACUGUUUUUUGGGCGGGUGCUUCGAAUAUCUAGUGCCUUUUUUCCUUUUUUUUCUCUGUAAAUAUGACAAAGUUUGCAGAAACCUACAGGUGUUAUUUGAACCCGCGUUUGUCUGCAGGGAAACUUGCAAGCUAGAUCAGUGAUGGGCAACUGUUGGCUUGUGUGGGUGGAAAUGGAUGCACAUCAUCUUGCAAGCAGAUGCAUAUACGGUACAAAGAUAUCAUAUGUUUUAAUGCUCUCUAUCAGAGCAAUACAGUGGGUAUCAACACUGACCUUUCUUCCGUCCGCUUUGCUAAAUCAAAUGUAGAUGGACUGGAAAUUUUACAUUUUCACCACUAGAUUUUAAUAUUUUUGUCGAUAUUUGUGCGACAACUACUACAAAUGGUAAGUGGAAGAUAUAAAGUAAGUGGUGGACACAAAUAACAUAUGCUAAAUUUAUGCUGAGGCCACACUUGUAACAUGGGGCCAAAGAUUUCAAACCGUCAGUAUUAACCUUCAGUUGUGUGUGCGCAACACCGAAUACUUGAAUUCAACGAUCCUGAAUAUAAAUGUUCUUAAACAAGAAAAACAUUUUCUGAAAAGAGUUGUUUUGAAACUUGUUUAUCUUUGAGUAUUGUCCCUCUGUCAUAUAGGCUGUUUGUUUUUGCAUGUUCAAUACACCAAAAAAGCCUUAAGUGAUUGUCUAUUCAUGGUUUCAGAAAGUCUCAAUUGCACUCAAGUUGCCCAUCUCUGUGCUAGACUGAGAGGCCUAAAAUUUACAAAUAAAACUUACAAUGAUGA